AUGGAUGAGCUUUUGCGAGAGUGUGUGCGGCAAGAUGUUCUAUCUCGCUUGCGCAAGUCUUUUCCAACCACAUUCAAGGUGAGGUUAUGAACAGAUCAGCUCGAGGCAGAUCUUGGCACGGGAGCUCACGAUGGGCUGACAUUGCCUGUGUCCACAGACUCACCUGGGCAUCCCUCCCGUCAGCCCCGAAUCGUUCAAUGCACUCAUUUUCGAGGUGCUUGCGCACUCAUCGGUCACAGGGGGCAGUGACCGGAAUGAAGAGCUGCUGCCGGGCUAUGAGUUGACAGUGGCCGAUGACAGCCCUUCACUCAGGAAUGCCGUAUGGCAGGUAUGUGGGACAGCAGGAACUCACUCACAUUGAAUGUCACGUCUGUCACGUCUGUCUGUUGCUCCAUGGCGCAUCCGGUGUUUUUCAGAGGUGUGCAGAGCGGGAACAAGUCCGUCGAUGCAUUCCUGGCGGCAGCCAACGGGUUCCUACAGGAUGAGGGGCACAUGAAGGAGCUGAGGACGAUGAUCGAUCGUGCCCGACAAAGCGACGCCGCCAAUCCGUUGGUAGGACGACGGCAGGAGGCAGGAGGUCACACGCACACACACACACACGAACACACACAUAUGAUGUUUUGGCAGCACGUCCAUCUCGCCUUCGUCACCCAGCUGGCCGCCCGACUCACCCGCCUCACAAGAAUCACCCUCCAGUACCCUGACGGCUUCAUCUGCUGGUGUUUCGACGUCUUUGUGGCCAUCAUCGAGGGCCACAUCGCCGGCCGACGGGCAGCCAACCUGGGCGGCGGGACGCUGCACACCAUCACCAUCAAAGAGGGGGUUCGGCUGACCGGCACGGCGAGACUUGCGAGGCUGCAUUCACCCCUCCCCACUCGUCUCGACCCGCCCCCCACUCUUGACGCACUCACCACUGUUGCCGGCCUGUGGAGUGGUACUUACUGUGAGGUGCUGGCCAACCGACGCUGGCUGAUGCCCUCACUCGCCGUCGUGCGGCAGUGGGGAUGGGAAGCCGAUAGACUGGGCCGCUUCAUCAGCUCGUCCCCCUCCCUGCGGUGCGUGGACGGCAGCUUUAGGGGUUAGGGGUGGGCAGGUGUGUUUGAGGGCAUCCCUGCGGCAGGUGUUGGGCAGCAGGGGGGGCCACUCGCUCAGCUGGAGAGCAUCGGCACCAUCGAGAUCGAUGACUGGGACCAUCGGUCGCGGGAGGGCAUCGAGCGGCUUGAGGUGAAGACAAAGGACGCACGUGUGCAGCAGGGCGUGGGGGUUGGCUCAUGAUGUCCUUCCUGUAUCUGUGUCUUGUUGCCUUCAGGAAGUGCUCGUUGCGCGGGGCUGCCGACAGUCACUCAAUCAGCUGCACGUGGACCUUCAUGGCGCCCACGUCGGCCGCCGCACCUUGCCCGUCUUGCUGGCCCUGGACCGGCUGGUCGGCGCGUGCUGCCGACAGGACGCCCCACUCACCACCGCCCCUCACUUUACCCCCUUCGACCUCUCUCUCUUCUACGGCAACGAGUUCCCCAUCCGCCCGUCGCCCUCAUUCAAGACCAUGCUGCAGCAGCUGGCCCGGCAGGCCACAUCGGUGGAGUACAUCUUCAUCCAGGACGGCCUCACCGACCCACACACCAACCCCAGCCCGUCGGCCAUCGACAUUGCGUCCAGCCUCUCAUUCGACGAGGCCAGGGUGGUGGAGGUCAAGAAUGCCCGUGGCUUCGAUCCCCCACUCGACACCCCCUCGCCCCACCCCACCAUCAUCACCCACCUCAAGCCGUUCCCGAGAGCCUCAGGACUGCAUGUCUGGGACAAAUUGGGUGGUGCAGCUGGCCAGCUGCUGGCCAGCAAGAUGCCCAAGAAGGUGUGGCGGGUGGAGAUUUACAGGGUGCCGGGUGCUGAGAAGGUGGGCGUGUUGGCCGCGCUGGGGAGGGACAGGGAGAGGGAGGUGGGUGCGGUAGACAUGAGGGAGAUCGGGGUCGACCAGCUAGCGGGGGCGGUCGGCAGAUUGCCGACGAUCAAGACGCUGGAGCUCAUCACGACACGUACGUUGAGAAGAGAAGAAGCGUGUCCGUCCGUCCUCAUUUCCGCUUUGUGUGUGUUUCCCCUCUUUAGUGCCCGAUGAUGCGGAGGAUGCGGGCAGCCUCGUCCGCACCGGCCUCUCGUCGGUGAUCCCGCACAUCAUGCAGUGGCUGAGUGUGAGGGUCCGCGACACCGCCAAUGAGCAGCAUGAUUCCAUCAUGGCCUCCCUCCCUGACGGCACCAACAUCGGUGCCUUGAGCAUCACACGUGUCGGCCGUGCCGGGGGCGACACAUGGGUGUCGAUGACUGCACUUCCCACUGCCAGAAAGGUGAGGGAAUGACGCUCAUUCACACAAAGGUCUGAUUGUGUGCCCAUGUUCGUGUCUCCUCUGCGUGUGUGUAUGGCGGUGUCUGUCAGGCUGGCUGCCGUGUGUGGUGGAUCAUUCAUAGCGGACGGGCAGUGGGCCAUUCUUAG